AUGGUCGACAACACCACAUCAAUAGCGGCCCUCCGAGGGCGCUGUCCUCCUCCCUUCUUCGAUGCGGCGCAGUUUGGAUAUGGCGGUUGUUUCAACACAGCGUAUCGCACCGCCGAAGUCCUCAACGUUGUCGGUCUUAUAUUAUUGGUCUUCAUGUUGGUCACAUAUGCGGUCUUACCGGCAGAGAAGACUCGCCGACACUAUCUCAGCUACUGUCUGAUUAUUGCCGCAAUCUUCAUGGCUCUUGGCUUUGUGAUACCCUUUGGCGCCCAACCGGAGCAGUGCUAUGACAAGAUUACCCCCAACGACAUGUAUUCGAGUUUGACAUGCGCCUUCUCAGGCGCUUUCAUUCUCUCUGGCGGUAUGUCAAUAGCUGUUUGGAUCUUUAUCCGCGCCCUCUCUAUGCAUCUUCAAAUUUGCUGGGACGUCACGCCAGGAAAGAAGUUCUUUUACUGGGCGCAAGGCCUGGGUUGGUCGACCGCAGCCACCUUCUUCACUCUCACCAUCACCAUCACUGGAGUCUCUUUCAGGUUUGGCGACGUCUGCCAUGUGAACGCUGAGCACUCGAUGAAAGACUUUUGGGGACCACUACUGGCUAUAGCUGGCGGUGCUACGGUCAUCCAGAUAGCAACCUUCGUUUAUUGUAUCAAGGUCUAUCUUCAGAACAUGUUCAGUGACGACGUAACCGAAACCCAGAGCAGCGCCGGUCUUCCAUCCUACACGACGAGCUUGCGCAAGCGUUCCGCACGAGUCGUCUACCGACGUGUCCGCAAAGUCCUCUAUCUCCAAUGGCGCGGUAUCAUGAUUGUGGUCUUCAUUCUAGUGGAUGUCAUCUUCUUCUCCGUGGUUUUCGUCUGGCUCAACAACGUCACUACACAUGCCACCUCCAAUGUCCAGGAACUCUACCCGUUUAUUUUGUGCUUGAUGCAAAAUUCCGAGGACCCGUCCCCAUGUUUUGAGGUCGGCCAGGCCUUCACUGUCAACCAAUCCACAGUCACUGCAGUCCUGAUAAUGCUUUCCUUUGCUGGAAUCCAGGUGUUCUUCUUACUCGGCCGGUGGAGCAUGAUUUCAGGAUGGCGGGACCUCAUCAGAAGCAAGUUCAGCAAAAAUCGCGAGUUUGUAUCCUUGGACGCCAAGAAGCCCACCGACGACGUGCUACGCCAAUUCGAACUCAAGAACUUUGACCAAAAAUCACCCCCGGCCGCAUACUUCACUCCUGGAUUGGCGAGUUACGCUAUCGAGAACCCCCGAUCAGAUACUCCUGACCAUUUCAACAAAGAGAUACAGCGCGAAUACAGGAGUCCCGCUCAAAGCUUCUCGACUCCACGGCCACAAUCCCGGGCACAACACAUAGAAUGGGAUCCCAGAAGUUCAAUGGCUAGGGGCGGUUUGGGAUUACACCCUCCCUCAGAUCUCGACAAUAAGAUCAGAGAAUGA